AUUCCCCAAACAAAAUGUGUCGAUCGCUGAUUGGUUAAUUUAUGCACAUGUGUCUUUUAUGAAAAAUUGCUAAUUUAAAUAUAGAAUUCAACAUUCUAAGACUAUUUGGAGAUAUAAAGGAUUGAUUGCAUAUCAAUCUUGUAACAAUUUCCUCUUAAAUCGAUCCAACUUACUGAGAAUACUUCAACCAAUUAUCUAAACCAACCGGAUCAAAACACGUCAGCUUUACUCUACAAAUACCGGAUUGACAAUAUUAUGUCAUUAUUGGAAUAGGCAACUUUGUUAUGUAAUGAAAUUCUAACUAAUAAAAACAUAUAAAAAUGAAAUACGAAAAGACAAUUACAUUCUGUGUAUUACUUUCAUUCAUCUUGGUUUUGGAUGCCGUUGAUUUAACACCUCUAAUGAAAAUAACCAAAAAGUGCGAUUCUUGUAAAAAGAUCGUUGAAAAAUUCUACGAAGGUCUAAAGAAAACCAAUAAAGCAAAUUUUGGAGGUGGAAAUACUGCUUGGGAAGAGAAGAGUUUAGGGAAAUUUUUUUUUAGUGAAACUCGUCUAUAUGAAAUUACGGAUAGCAUAUAUCAAUCUAGUGAUUCUGAGACGGCUUCUAUGUUAGGAGAAUACGAAGAAGAUGUUGAAGUUUGGUGGAAGGAACACUAUAGCAAAAAGAAAGAUCAUAUCAAUUUAUUAGAAUAUAUUUGUAUUAACAAGAUUAAAGUUUGUUGUCCAAACGGAACGUUCGGUGAAAAUUGUCAACCUUGCGUUGGAGGAAGUGAAAAACCUUGUAAUGGUAAUGGUAAAUGUGAAGGUGAUGGAACUAGAGGCGGAAGUGGUGAUUGCGAAUGUAAGGAAGGUUAUUUGGGUAAUUUAUGCGAUACUUGCGCACCCAAAUUUUAUCGUGUAUUGAAAGAAGAUACUGAGGAGAAUUCUCAGCAACCCUUAGAAUGUAAAGCUUGUCACGAGUCAUGUAAAGACAAUUGCACCGGCCCAGGACCAAAUUUAUGUUUUAGGUGUAAACCAGGCUGGAACUUUGAUGAGGAGGACGGUGUUGGUUGUGUAGAUAUUGACGAAUGUGCUGAAGAUAGUCCUUGCAAGGAUGAUGAAUACUGUAAUAAUAAGCCAGGAUCUCAUUCCUGCGAAAAGUGCCACGAGCAUUGUAAGGAUUGUACGGGACCAGGAGCAAUAGCUUGUAAACAAUGUGCACCAUUACACUUUAGAGAUGAAAAUACACUGGAAUGUUCACCGUGUCAUCCAGGUUGUGCCAAUUCCUGUACGGGAAAAGAGGCAAAUAAAUGCGAUGCUUGUAAAGAGGAAGGUUGGAAAUUUAAUGAAGAGAAUAAAAAUUGUGACGACGUUGACGAAUGCGAAAAAGAAUCAGCAUGCAGUGAAAAUGAAUAUUGUUUGAAUACUUUUGGAUCGUUUGCCUGUCAUAAAUGUCACAAAGCCUGUCAAAAAUGUUCUAAAGACGGUAUCGAAAAUUGUCUAACAUGCGCUAGCGGCUACGAAAAGAAUGAAAACGACACAACAUGUCAGGAUAUCGACGAAUGUUCAUUAGAAAAUGGGCCUUGUAAAGACAGUAACGAGGAUUGCCUAAAUACAGUUGGCUCAUUCACAUGCGAAUGUAAGAAGAAUUUCGAAAGAAAAGAUGGAAAGUGCUUACAGAAGAAUUCUCAGAAAAAGAAAAAGAGAAAAACGAAGAAAGUGAAAAAAGUUGAGGUAAAUAAAGAUAAUUUAGCUGAAGAAAAUUUGGAAAGUGAGAAAAAUAAAGAUGAAUUAUGAGAUAGAAAAGACUUAAUUAUCAACCUUGCUGUGAUGUGCGUUGUUUUUUCUUUCUUUUUUUUUUUUUGAAUAUCUGUUUUAUUGUUUUUUUGUCUUGUCUUUAUUCUCAUUAUUAUUAUUAUCCUUUGUUUCUCUUCUUCUGGCACUCUAUUUUUUUUUUGACAGUCACUAUACUGCUUGCUCCAAUCCUCCACCCUGUCAAAUAAUUCUAUACAUAUAUAUAUAUUUAAACAAUCAUAUUCAUCUCUUUCUCUCUUUCUCUCUCUCUCUCUCUUGCCAUCAAUUUGCAAUUUUCUUGUCUUAAGUUAUUAAAUAAUUAUUACAAUUAUUUUUUUUUUCAAUAAGAAUUUCAUUUGCAAUCUAAGCUUCAUUUGUUUCUAUUAUGUUAUUAUUACUAUAUUUUGGGUUGAAUUAUAUAGAUGGCACCACUAUCUUAAUUUUGAAUUUGUCCUUUUUUUUUUCCUUCUGGCUAUCCAGAGAUAUUGAGGCCAUCAAAUAAAAGUCGGAAAAUGUUUGUUUGUUAGUUUACUUUACAAAAGUAAUGAAAUCGGAAAUGGAAAAAAGAGUUUGUCAGUUGGAUAAUGAUUUGUAUAAAGAAUUUAAUGGCAUGAUAAGACGUGCUAAGUAAAGCAAUUCCCGUCUCGAAUGGCGAAUUAUUGACAAAGAUUAUCGAUAGAGAUUCUAUACUGUAAAACUAGCUAACAAAUCCAAAAAUGACGUCAGAAAUGGCCAAAAAACAUACGCUCGAUUUAUUUAAAUUACAAAAUAAUUGGAUGCUAUGGCAACGUUUUAUCAAAGAAAAUCAGUUUUGGCCUUAUUAGGAUUACGCAUAAGGUCGAAUCCACAAGCUUUUUUUAUAGUUUCUUUGUCUAUAGAUCCAGUAUAUCCUAUUCCUCGGAGGGUUCCUGAGGCUAAAAAGAAGAAAAUUAUAAUCCUCUUCCCUUGCCUCAUCCUCUUCUUCUUUUCUCUAUCUAUAAAUGUAUAUAUAUAUAUAGAUACGUUAUAUACAACAAUAGAUAAUCUAUUAUUUCAAAAAAAACCGAAUAAACUAUUAUACAUGUUUUUAUAAGAUUGUAUUGUAUAUAUCUGAAUAAAAACUAUAAGCUUUACCAAUGAAGAGAAUGUACCAAAAUAAUUGUCUUAUUCACCUUGCACUUGUCAUUUGUGUCUGAAACAAAAUAAUGUUUUUGAAAAAUCAUCAGAUAUUUUCUUGUUGAGGAGUAAAUGAGAAGCUUUUCUUUUAGUAACAAAUUAAUUCCAUCUUAAUAUUAAUUGAUCUCUUUAUUAAAAAUUAUUAUCUUUGUUCUCUUACACCAAGAUUCCUUUCACUUUUUACCAAGAAAGAUAACAAAGAAUUAUAUAUAUAUAUAUUUUAAGAAAAAUAAUUGACAAUAUAAUUAAUCACUUAAGUUUUGUGACAUCUUAAUUAGGUAGGAAACAUAUGUAGUUAUGGUAACCUUUGAUGUUCACGUUUCUUUCAUGGUCUAGUUAUAAGGGAAAAUUGAAAGAGAGGAUGUAGAAGGUAACGAAAAAGGAAGGAAUACGACAAAUAGAAAGACUUAUAGAACCUUUAAUAUAGGGAGAAACAUUAUAAAGGUAAGUUUUGUAGGAGAAAACUGGUGAAAAGAAAGUAAAAGGUGAGCAAAGAGGGUGUAAAAUCGACAAGUUAAGAUUGUUUUCCUCCCUUUUUUAGAGGGGAGCUGUUAAUCGUUUCGAGAUCAAAGAAGACAACUAUCCAAUUUAUCAAGUUGAAAGAGACAGAGAAGAAGAGAUCUUGUGAUUAUUUCGUAAAGAUACAAUUUUAUUAAGAUAGAGU